GUUGAUAUGAACUGGCAAUGGAAAGGCCAGAGGAAGGAGAAGAAGGACAAGCUUUUGGUCUAAAUAGUAAAUACAUUUGAUUAUCAUUAAAGAGAUUUUAAUUGUUUGAUUUAAUUUAGUGUCAUUUUUUUAAGGUUUAUUAUUAUUAUUAUUAUUAUUAUUAUUAUUAUAACGGAAACACAUUUAAUGUUGGGGAACAUGGAUUUCAUUUUCUAGUCCCUCUGCUAAAUUUAAUGCCUUCAGGAACAACAAAGGAAUGCUUCACAUGGAACCCCCAGAGAAGAAAUAACAGAACCCUUCUUUCUUCCUUUGUCCUGUCUGUCCAUUGAGCCUCUCCAUUCCCUUCCUUCUGCAAGGGGAAAGGCCGAAGCCAAGCUUCUCUUAAUUCCUUUUUCUCAAUUCCUCUUCAUCUUAUUUUUCUGGCGGUUUCGGGUUUUAGUUUCGUUCCGAAUCGAUAUCAUUGCUCGGGAUGAGGAGUAUCACGACAUGUUACAGCGAACAUGCCAUCCGAGUCUCCGACUCGUACUGCUCGGGGCCUAGUCUCCAAUCCUACCGGUCCCCGAGCCAGUCCAGGCCGUCGUCCCCUGGCCCGGCGGAGAUCACUAACACGUAUAGGGCCAGGCUUUGUUCCGGGAAGCAGCUCCUUAUCUCUCUCACUUGGCGGAACAGCUUCCUACGUCAGGGCUUGAUCAUCGACUUCUCUGACCAGGCGUCCCGGGAAUCCCCUGCCCGGGGUAGUCCUAAACAGCUCCGGAAGACCAAGGGUAGCAAGUCAUUCCAGUGCUCGGGCUUGGUUAUUGAUGUUUCGUGGGACCUGACUUUCGCCCGGUUCCAGGGAGCGCCCGAGCCCGUGUCAGGGUUCUAUGUGAUCGUGCAGGCCGACUCCAAGGUCGUCCUGCGACUCGGAGAUGCUUACGAUGAUGAUGAGGAUGAUGAAGAAAAGCUGCUCGACGAGAAGAGGCCUAAGACCGGCAAUCUCGAGUUUGCAUUGAUUUCUCGGAGCGAACAAUUCAUGGGCGGGUCCACGUACUCCACACGGGCGAAGUUUGGGCGGAACGGAGCGGCCCGGGAUCAUGAAGUCCACAUAAAGUGCGGCCAGGACGAGGAAGAGGUGGACGGCGCCCCCGCGACUCCCGUCCUGUCAGUGUUUGUGGAUGGUAAAAGGAUGUUCCGUGUCCAAAGACUGAGAUGGAAUUUCCGUGGGAACCAGACCAUCUUCGUGGACGGGCUGCUGGUCGAUAUGAUGUGGGACGUGCAUGACUGGCUCUUUGGGCCGAGGUUCGGGUAUGCCGUGUUCAUGCUCCGGACGAGGAGCGGGCUCGACAGUAGGCUGUGGCUAGAGGAGAAGAACCUGCAGGGGAAUGAAUUGGAGAAGGUUGAGUUCUCUCUUCUAAUCUGUGCCUGUAAUUCCAGUCCUUCCCCUAAUUGAUGAUCAUCAAUUUUCAUCUUCAUUUCUUUUCGGAAUUAUUGUUAGUGUUUUUUUUUCUUUUAUUUGACUGAAUGAAAACAUACAGAUAAUUUGUUUGAUCAAUGGAAUUGUAAAUCGGGGCUUGUCUUUCAAUCUGUAAAUGAAAUUACAUAUAUGUGAAAAUGCAUUGGGUUGGGUUUGCCUA